AUGGGCCCCUGUACCGCCUCCUCAUGCUGCUGCCAGGCCCGUAAUCUGUCAUGGGCCCCUGUACCGCCUCCUCAUGCUGCUGCCAGGUCCAGAGUGUGUCAUGGGUCCCUGUACGGCCUCCCAUUGCUGCUGUCUCCAUCGCCCAGUCUGCCAUGUGCCACUUUCAGGUCUCCUCACACUGUCCAUUUUGUCAUAGGGUGCUGGCAGAUUACGGGCCUCCCAUUGCUGCUGCCAGGCCCGUAAUCUGCCAUGGGCCCCCGUACCGACUCCUUAUGCUGCUGCCAGGCCCGUAAUCUGUCAUGGGCCCCUGUACCGCCUCCUCUCUGCUGCUGCCAGGUUCAGAGUGUGUCAUGGGUCCCUGUACGGCCUCCCAUUGCUGCUGUCUCCAUCGCCACAGUCUGCCAUGUGCCACUUUCAGGUCUCCUCACACUGCUGGUGGGUUCCAUUUUGUCAUAGGGUGCUG